AUGGCCUGGUUCCUGUGGCUCUCGCUCGCCUGUUGCCUCCAGUGCACAGCCGCAGGCGAGUCGCAAUGCGGACCGAGCCAAGACCCUUCGUGUGCAGCCCCUGAGCUUGCCAUGCAGAUGUCUUCUGGACAGAAAAGAAGGAAGAAAAAGUACGAUUGUACGCGUGGAUACAUCGAGAGGGUGCUCCGGCCAAAUCGAAAUGUCCCACGAGACGGCAAAUGCACUGGCUUGUUUCCCCCUGAUGUGAAGGAACCUGCCGAGCAUUGCAUGCCGGCAUGGUUUCAAUCCGAUGACGAGGCUUCAGCCUGGUUUCGACCGUUGCAGGCAGACUUUACCGCGAUCAUGCGUUUUAACCUCCUGCUCAGCUUCGGUUCCGGAAACAUUCAACCGAAUGGAAUAGCGUACGAAGUUCCUGGCAGAGGCUUCGCAAACGCAAAGCGGUUUGCACGCCGUUUACAAGCAGCCGCCGCACCAGGCCCCGAUCAAGCGUUGGUUCCAUACAUCGACGCCUUGGUUCUGCCUACCCUGGAUGGGUCGUACCGGCUGCAACGAAACCGCUAUAACGUCAACAUGGCACGAAAUGUACUCUGGAAGCAAUACUAUCAGGCCAUGAUGGGCUUUACCAGGUACAUGGUCUUCCUCGUCGAUCAGUUCUGGCUCGAGAGCAGGAAUUGCCAGCAAGAGCUUGAAUGGGCAUUGACGCAUUUUGGAUGGAUUGGGCAGAAGUUCAUAGCGGUUAUCUUCAUUGGCAAGGAUGACGACAACAAGCUGAUCUGGAGACGAGCAAAAAAAGCAGAUGAUUGUUUCGGUUCGUGGGAGGCCGGGGGGGUUUUCACCCCAUGCCGGAUUCAGCAUACGUUGAGAUGCGCAUUCGCCAAAUCAGGCAAGAGAGCGAAAGUGCGACUUGACUUUUGGUACCAGCAGAGCUACGAUGCACGUCUCAGAUACAUUCCUCCUAGGCAGCUUCCGUUCGGGCCAAGAGCCGCAAACUGUGGAUCUGACUCUGUGACAACAAGGAACAAGCCCAAGGACCCCAUGGGUAAGCCCGGUGCGCAUUGGCUCGAUGUGUUUCUCAAGGACCGCAAGUCUAAAGAGGGGAAGACUUAUGAAGGAAACAGGAAAGCGCUCUUCGUGACCGCUGGCGCCGGGGCUUCGCUUGCAGCUGGCGCCUUUUGGAGUCGUGCUCAAGAACAUUACGAGGCCCCCUCGCCAGCACCAGACCAAGAUGAGGAGCUGGAGAAGGAGAAGCCUGAGUCUAAGACUUUCUCGGUGAAGAAAGACCCCAAGAAAGACCCCAAGAAGGACGAGAGCAGUCCCACGGGCUGCCUGUUCUGGUUGAAGAGCUUGCCUUUCGGUAAGCGCAAAGGAGGGACAAAUCAAGGCCGAACUGGAGGUCCCUCAGGUCCCUCCACGGGCAAGAAGCUGAAGCCGACGGACAGAACGAAGCAGAAACUGGCUGCAGGAUACCUGGCAAGAAGUGCGGUGAACGUGCUCCAGAAGACAUGGGUGGAGCAAUUCAUCACCCACAUGUCCUUCGACGUAUGCCAGAAGAGGUUCAGCUUUGGGAAUCCUUGGGGGGAGGAUUGUCUAGAGCUUCCGAGCGCCAGAGUCUACAACUACUCCUGCGGCUUCGCCGGACGCUACUGCGCCAAGGAUGUGUGGGGCUGUCGAGCGAAGCACGGCAUGAAUCUGAUCGCCAUUGCCGGCGUUAUCCCAGCUUUCGGCCCAGCCUUUAAGGCCGGAAGAUUCGCCUUCAAGGUCGGACGUAAAGCUGCCAUGCUGGCCUUCCGGACGGCAGUGAAAAAGGCGGCCAGGUCCAUCGUGGGCCAAGUCAAAACUCUGGCCAUUCCAUUCAUGAAGGAUGCUUUCAAGGAGAAGGCGCAGGAAAUUGUCAUGGAGACGACCAUGGACGCACUUUUGAUGGGCGGGGCAACGUCGGUGGCUGCGAAGGUAGAGGCGAAGCGGAAUGAAGCCUUCGAGUGGAUCAAGGAUGCUGUGCAGCUCCUGGAUCCCAUCGGAGCGUGGGAUCUUUGGGACGAGCUCAAAGAGGAGAACUGCGCAAGCUUGACAUUUCCGGACAUGCCCGGUGGGGAACUCCAGGAUGAGGAGUGCUACGACUGCGCCGAUGAGCAGGUUGUGAGCGGCCCACUCAGGUCUGAGUACGACGGCCGGUGUCUGGACUACCACACUGGCACCGGUAAUGUUUUCCUCACGAGCUGCCACGGCAGGGCGAACCAGGAGUGGUACUUCGAUGGGAUGACCCUGAAGUCAAAGUAUGACGACAAGUGCCUCGACUACAACCACGUCGGUGACGGGGGCUCGGUGUACAUGUACGACUGCCACGGGGGAGACCACCAGAACUGGCGCUUCGACGGCAAGACCCUCAGAACCCUCUAUGCCGACAAUUGUGUAGACUACAACUUCGAAAGCCACGACGCUUACGUGCUCGAGCAGUGCCACGGAGGGAAGAAUCAGCAAUGGACAUGGCAACCCAGGGUGUCCAGUGGCCCAAUGAGAACCUUGCAGGACAGCAAGAAGUGCCUGGAUUUCAACACCAACGAGGGCGGCGAGCGCAACGUGCAGAUGUGGGACUGCCAUGAUAUCAAAGAUGCAACCUAUCAGGACUGGUACUUCGAUGGCCAGUUACUGAAGUCCAAGUAUGACCACACUUGUCUCGACUUCAACUUUGCCACCGGGAACGUCUACAUGCUGCCUUGCCAUGGGGAGGACAACCAGCUGUGGCACUUCGACGAGCAAGCCCUGAAGACACUGUACGAUGAUACGCUCUGCCUGGACUACGACUAUGAUGGAAACCACAAUGCUGCCAUGGCCGAGUGCCAGCAGGGCAAGAGGAGCCAGCAGUGGCAGUGGGAUGUCCAGGUUUCCAGCGGCAAUCUGGCGACAAGGCGGGACUCCAAGUGCCUCGACUAUAACCCGUCCAACGACCGUGUGUAUAUGCACGGCUGCCACGACAAAACGAAUCAGUUGUGGUACUUCGAGGGCAACGCCCUGAAGACCAAGUACAGCAACAAGUGCCUCGAUUACUCCGACGAAUACGUCAGUGACGAACAUGGAAAGUGGUUGGGCAACAUUUUCAUGAGUGAUUGCAAUGGCUCGCCGAGCCAGCAGUGGUAUUUUGAUGGUGAGGCGCUCAAGACGGUGUCUGCCAACAACUGCUUGGACUAUCAUGUUAAGGCAUCGACGGUUUUCAUGCACCAAUGUCACGGAGACAGCAACCAGAAGUGGCGCUGCUUCUUCGACGGAUGUCCAAAGUCCGAAUGA